CAAUUAUAAUUUGCCAUGAAGACCCUAAAAUUAUUUUAUCCAUAUGUAUCUGGCAACGCUAGCCGGCCGGAAGCACACUCUUUACAACCAAUCAGAGGGCCCGAGAGUUCAGCCGUCUGUGUUAUCGCGAGACAUCGUCUCUUCCUUUUCCCUUUUCGUCCCGAGUCCAAAAUGGGAGUUGACAUCAGACACAACAAGGACCGUAAAGUGCACAGGAAGGAGCCAAAGAGCCAGGAUAUUUACCUGAGGCUCCUGGUCAAGUUGUACAGGUUUCUUGCUCGCCGAUCCAAUGCUCCCUUCAACAAGGUGGUCCUGAGGAGGCUGUUUAUGAGCAGGUCCAACAGGCCUCCCAUCUCCAUUGCCCGCCUGAUCCGCAAGAUGAAGAUGGCUGGCCGCGAGAACAAAAUUGCAGUUGUUGUGGGAAGUGUCACUGAUGAUGUCAGGAUUCAGGACAUCCCCAAGCUCAAGAUCUGUGCUCUCAGGAUAACUGACGGCGCCCGCCGCAGGAUCCUUAAGGCAGGAGGUCAGGUGAUGACGUUUGACCAGCUGGCUCUGACUUCUCCAAAAGGACAUGGCACAGUGCUGUUGUCAG